AUGUUCUGGCGUGUUUUCUUCACACUAUUGGGUGCCACGGCGGUUAUAGCCACCCGUUGCAACAAGUUCUAUCGUAAGGACUAUACAUACAUAGAUCAGUUCGAUGCGUUCUACAAACUACAUUGGGAGCAGCCCGGGCGCUGGCAGUCUGCGUUUCUCGCCUGCGAUGACGAGGGUGCUACCUUCUUCUAUCCAAAGACCGCGGAAGAGAGAACCGUUGUAAAGCGUCUGGUGGGGAUGGAACUCAAGAGUAAUAAUGUUACAGAGAUUUUCGUUGGCAUACACGAUGAGUUUGGCUUUGGCGAAUUUAUGACUGUUGAUGGCAAGUACAAAGUACUAUUACACCUUAUAAAACAAAGUCCCCGCCGCGUCUGUCAACCUGCUUCAUCAGUUCCUGGAAGCCAGAACCAGGGUCAGAGCAUGUGUGUCGCUAUGGGGGUAGACACUGGGACAUACAUACUGACGUCUUGUGAGACAGAGAAGCCUUUUCUUUGUAAGAAGGUAGAGGAAGCUGUGCCGUCCUGUCCUACCGUCGAUCGUGGUUACACUUACCACAGCGAUGUGAAGAAAUGCUACAAAAUUAAUCAAAGGAAAAAGUCGUGGGCAGAAGCCAUGAAAACGUGCAUCACGGAAGGUGGGGUCCUAGCCGUGGCUAAAAACAACGCCGAAGCUGACAUCAUCUAUAGAGAAAUGAAAGAACAUUUUGAUGAGCCAUAUUUCGUUGGCUUUAGAAGAUUACAGCCACAAGGCGACUUUUAUACAGUAAAAGGUUAG